UCCAACACAGACUCAACUUUAUGCUCUCGGAGCGCCGACUACAACAUUUUGAUCUUUUCUUCCUCCUCUACCCUCUUCUUCCUCCUCCUCCUCCCUAACGAGCUCUGUAAUGUCCUGUUAAUUUUGUGUGCACUAGUUAAUGAGCAUUAAUCCAUCACCCCUGGAUGCUAUUGUUGCAGGGGGGAUGGCCAUUUGAAUGCAAAUGCGUGACACUGUGACAGCAAGGUGCUUAUUAAACUGAUGUGUCCUCUUGUCUUUUCUGCUGGGAGCUCAGGAGAGUGAAAAGGACGCGGGGCAGCUGGAGGAGCGGUUCGGACUAUACCGGGAGUUGCUCACACCAAGUUGCUGUAAAAAUAAAAACAACAACAACAGGAAAAAAUGGCAAGUUCUGCCUCUCUGGAGACGGUGAUGUCCUGCGGUAGGACCGGACCGUCCGCGGCUCCCAAGACCCUGGCCUUCUCCAUAGACCGGAUCAUGUCCAAGAGCUCGGAGCCGAAGGGGAGCGCGGAGGAGCGGGCAGAGGGGAAGAAGCUGCUCGGGCUCUGCUCCCCGAUCCCCUGCAUGAUCCCGCUGCAGCCCUUCAGCUACGACCUCCAAGCCAAGGCGCUGAUGAACUACUCGGAGCUGUGGAGAGCCAGUUUCAGGGGGACUUUUUGCGGUUCCGCAGCCGCUCCGUGCAAAGGGAACUGCGGCAUGUGCGGCAAAGCGGAGCCGGGCAUGAAACAGCCGCUGCUGACGUCGGGGAGCAGGGUGGUGAAACCGCAGGUCAUCCACCAGGCCGUGGCCGUGCCCAGCGGCGGCUCGCUCUACUAUCUCAACUACCUGGACUCUGCGUACCAGCAGUCGGAGCUGCUGGCCGGACACUGGUUCUCCAGCCCGCAGGCCCAGGCCUCUCUGUCGGCGCACCACAGGCUCUUGCUGCUGGAGAACGCCAAACUGGCCGGGGUGGGCACCGACAAGCUGCCCACACCUCAGUACCCACACAAAGAACAUCUGCCGGGGCAGCUGGACCAGAUAGUGAAAGAGAACCACGGCCUGAGCGCCGAGAAGAGCGGCGUCAAGACGCACAGCAAACUCGGCAGCAGCGGCAGCAGCGCGGCGGACGGGAAACCCAAAAACUUCACGUGUGAAGUGUGUGGAAAGGUUUUUAACGCUCAUUACAAUCUGACCAGACACAUGCCGGUGCACACCGGGGCCCGGCCCUUCGUGUGCAAAGUGUGCGGGAAAGGAUUCCGGCAGGCCAGCACGCUGUGCAGACACAAGAUCAUCCACACGCAGGAAAAGCCUCACAAAUGCAACCAGUGCGGGAAGGCGUUUAACAGAAGCUCCACGCUCAACACUCACGUACGGAUCCACGCCGGGUACAAACCGUUCGUCUGCGAGUUCUGCGGGAAAGGGUUCCACCAGAAAGGAAACUACAAGAACCACAAGCUAACUCACAGCGGGGAAAAGCAGUACAAGUGCUCCAUCUGCAACAAGGCCUUCCAUCAGAUCUACAACCUGACCUUCCACAUGCACACGCACAAUGACAAGAAGCCCUUCACCUGCGCCACCUGUGGCAAGGGCUUCUGCCGCAACUUUGACUUGAAGAAACACAUCAGAAAGCUGCACGAUAACGUCUUCUCUGCGGCCACAGAGGCCUCCAGAGAGCUGCAGAGCUGAGGCAGGCUGCUAAUUCCCCCCACGGCAAGUUUUCAUUUUCCACCUCGAGCUGCAAGGCCUCAGAAAGACUGGCCUUUGUCCUGCAUUUGUAGCCACGCUGAGCAGUUUUUGAAAGUCCAGAGAGAAGGUGUGGUCCAAUAAAAUUGGGCACGAUCCCUUAAGAGAACUGUGGUAAUCCCAGCAGUGACACUGUAGGGAAUACAGAAACAGACCAGAAGGUACAUCACCUUACACUUCACACUGUAGGAAUAUUAUAGGGAUUUUUUUCUGCCCAUAUACAUUUUUUUCCUGCGUUGCAGGUACAUACAUGGGAUAACUCAUCUGUCUCCACAAUGGAACUGUAAAUAAUAGGUUAUGGAAUAAAGAAUGUUAUUUAAAAUGUGAAUCAUUACCAUGUUGUGUAUUUCACAGAAAAAAAAUGUUAAUGUGAAUAAAUAAGUUAUAACUUAUAAUGAAAACUGAAUGUUUGAGCCAUGUGGUUUCCAUUUUUUGAAGGCAUUUGAAAAUAAAACUGAAUAAUAUGACCACACUU